AUGGAGUUAUUCACCAAUGGCAACACCGUUAAGUUGCGGAGCCAUCUUGAUAAGUUUUUAGUCGCCGAGAGCGACCAAAAACACAUCCGUCAAAGCCGUAAAGGAGGAUAUACACGGCUCUCCGUUUGGACGGUGGAGACCGUCGUCGGUAAACCGAACCUGAUCAGAUUAAAAAGCUGUCACGGCACGUACUUAACUGCGAGCAGUAAACCGUUACUGUUAGGUAUAAUGGCCGGUGAGAAAGUGACUCAAACGCAGUCGUCUAACAACCCUAUGGAUAUGCAAACGCACUGGGAACCGGAGGGAAAUGGGGUGUCCGUGAAGCUGAAAUCUUGGUGCGGCAAAUGGAUGAGAGCUAACGGUGGAUCGCCGCCGUGGAGAAACUCCGUUACUCACGACGAGCCUCAUACGUCGAGGACCAAGAACUGGUUGCUUUGGGAUGUUAUUGCCGUUGAUGGUCUUGAUCUUGGAAACAUGUCUGAUGGAUGUGAGAGCUCUCUUUCUUCUCCGGUUUCCCCAAGUCUCUCCCGUUUGGGUUUCUGGUCAGCGCCCGGGUCGCCCGUUUCUGCGGUCAGGUCAAAGAAGAGUUUAGGUCGGCUCACUUCUUUUGGUUUACGUGCAAUGUCUCCGAGAUGGUCCCCAAAACUUCUGAACUUAGACAAGUUGUACAUCUAA